AUGAUGAUGAUGAUGGUGAUUCCUCCUUCUCAUAGUUUUCAGAUUCUACUUACUCUCGGUUUGCUUUUUAGUUUGCAGAUCUUAAUUCACAUUGAAGCUUCCUCUAGUUCAAAGGUUGAACAUCUUCCUGGUUUUCAAGGACCACUUCCUUUUCAACUUGAAACCGGGUAUGUGGGGUUAGGGGAAACAGAUGAUGACAUGCAAGUGUUCUACUAUUUCAUCAAGUCAGAGAAUAAUCCUCAGAAAGACCCUCUUCUGCUUUGGUUAACUGGUGGCCCUGGUUGUUCUUCUUUUUCUGGUCUUGUCUAUCAAAUAGGUCCGUUUGCGUUUGAAAAAAAGGAGUACGACGGGAGCGUGCCUAGUUUGGUUUCGAGGCCACAAUCUUGGACUAAGCUAUGCAGCAUUAUUUUUGUUGAUUUGCCCUUUGGAACUGGUUUCUCGUAUGCUAAAAAUGUCACCGCUCAUCGUAGCGACUGGAAACUAGUCCAUCAUGUUCAUCAAUUUCUUAGGAAGUGGCUGAUCGAUCACUCUGAAUUUCUUUCAAAUGAAUUCUACAUGGGAGCCGAUUCAUACUCUGGCCUUCCUGUCCCGGCCAUUGUUCAAGAAAUUUCAAAUGGAAAUGAAAAAGGUCUUGAACCGUCGAUAAAUCUCCAGGGAUAUCUACUAGGAAAUCCUCUAACAACAGCAAAAGAAAUCAAUUAUUACAUUCCAUAUGCUCAUGGAAUGGGACUCAUUUCCGAUGAACUCUAUGCGUCGCUGCAGAGAAAUUGUAAAGGAGAAUAUAUCGACGUAGAUUCUAAAAAUGAGUUAUGUUUAAGAGAUCUCCAAUCCUUUGACGAGUGCCUUUCAGGAAUUAAUACGUUCAACAUUUUGGAUCGCUAUUGCAAAGAUGAUUCGCGUCUAUGGAGGAGAUCUUUGACUCAAGAGUUGAAGAAACCUCUUAGAUCUCGUCUCAAAGUGCCCGAAUUAAGUUGCCAAAUUUAUGGUUUUUACCUCGCAACUAAAUGGGCUAAUGAUGAUAGUGUCCGCAAGGCACUACAUAUUCGAGAGGGAACCAUACGGAAAUGGGAACGUUGUUAUACUGAAGAUUUUGAGCACGAUAUCCCUAGUAGCUUCGAGUUUCAUGUAAAUCUAAGCAAAAAAGGAUACCGUUCUUUGAUAUACAGUGGGGAUCAUGAUAUGGUUGUUCCUUUUACAUCUACUCAAGAUUGGAUAAGGAAUUUAAACUACUCCAUUGUAGAUGAUUGGAGGUCAUGGUUAGUAAAUGACCAAGUCGGAGGAUACACAAGAACUUACUCAAAUCGAAUGACAUUUGCAACUGUAAAGGGUUCAGGUCAUACCGCUCCCGAGUACACUCCCGAGCAAUGCUUUGUCAUGUUUAGGAGAUGGAUAUCUUAUUUACCUUUGUAA